AUGGAGAAACCAUCGGGCCCUGGGCCAAUCCCUGCACCAGGCCUAGACAUCAAGUCCGAAGCAGAGACCACCAUCGUCCGCGAUGUCGACGUCGGCGAGAUGCUCGAGGUACACUACACGCCCGAAGAAGAGCGAAGGGUCAUCAGAAAGCUGGACUUUGCCCUCAUCCCCAUCAUGGGCCUGGUCUACUGCAUGCAGUACAUGGACAAGAUCGCCCUUAGCCAAGCGACGCUGCUCAACCUGCGCGAGGACCUCAACCUGCACGGGCAGGAGUACUCGUGGGCGUCGACGAUCUUCUACUUCGGGUACUUCGCCUGGAGCUGGAUGAGCUCGUACUUGAUGGUGCGGCUGCCGCUGGGGAAGUACAUUGGCGUUACUGUCCUCGUCUGGGCCGCGGUGCUUAUGUGCCACGCCGCAACCAAGGACUUCGCCGGGCUGAUGACCGUACGCUUCUUCCUGGGCGUCGGCGAAGCAGCCAUCGGCCCGGGCUUUGCACUCGUCAUCGGCAUGUUCUACAAGCGCGAGGAGCAGCCUGCACGACAAGCAGCCUGGUUCCUCGGCAACGCCAUCUCCAACCUGAUCAGCGGCCUGAUCGCCUACGGAAUCGGCAACGUGCACAUAACAACAAUCACAAACUGGCAGCUCCUCUUCCUCGUCCUGGGAACCAUAACCGCCGCCCUCGCAGUCCCCAUCUUCCUCAUCAUCCCAUCCAAGCCACAGAAAGCCAUCUUCCUCAACAAGACCGAGCGCGCCAUCGCCCUCCAACGCACACUGAAGAACAAAACCGGCGUCAACGACACCGGCCGCUGGCGCUGGGACCACGCCCUCAUGACCUUCAAGGACCCGCAGACGUGGCUGUUCUUCCUGUACUCCGUCUCGACGAAUCUGUGUAACGGGGGAAUCACAAGCUUCUCCGGCAUAAUCAUCAACGGCUUCGGAUACGGGCGCGUGCGCUCCCUGCUAAUGCAAAUGCCCUCGGGCGCCUCGCAGCUCGUCUUCAUCUUCCUGACCACCGGAAUAGCAACGUACUUCAAGAACACACGGUGCGCAUGCAUGAUCUUCAACACGUGCGCCGCCGUCGCGGGGAUGACAAUGGUCUGGAAGCUGGACGACGCGCACGCGGAGGCGCGCGUCGCAGGCCUGGCGCUGACAUCCGCAUUCGCGGCGAACAUGCCGCUGUCCAUGAGCCUGAUUAGCUCGAAUGUGGCGGGGUUCACGAAGCGCAGUCUGACGAGCGCGAUGAUGUUUAUCGGGUACUGUGUUGGGAAUAUUGCGGGCCCGCAGUUCUUCUAUGAGAGUGAGGAGCCGGCGUAUCCGACUGGCAUGACGGCCGCGGUGUCGGGUCUCUCCUUCGGCGUCUUCUUCAUCAUCCUUCUGCUGGUUUACUAUGCCUGGGAGAAUAAGCGGCGGGAUAGGCUGUAUGGCCUGCCCGGGCAGUUCACGGAGAGCGAGGAGGUGGCGGAGGGGUUGUCGAAUAAGACGGAUUUGGAGAUUCCGAGUUUUCGUGUCAACGAGUUCACCACCCAGGUCGCGGCCCAUGCCCGUGAUGUCCAGGUCCAUGACCAUGCGGUCCAGGUCCAGGUCCAUGCCCAGGUCCAUGGCCAAAGUGACCCGGCCCGUGAGGCCCCGGCGGCCCAGGCUCAAACCCCGGCCCUCUAUGGUGCGGACCGCCCUCAAACCCAGGACCCCGUUCGUAAGGAGGAGGGCCAGGAGGAGGGCCAGGCUCAAAACCAGGUCCUCGUUCGUGAUGGUGGUGAUGGUGAGGAGGCCCAUGGGGACCAGGAGGAGGAGGACCCGGCGGUCCACGCGGACUAG